CUUUUCUUCUUAGGUACUCUUGUCAGGACUGAUUGGUGUUGUUGCUUGGAAACGGCCCCUCUCACUUGUGAUAACCUUUUUUAUGCUGCUGUCUGCUGUGUGUGUCAUGCUCAACUUGGCGGGUUCCAUUCUCUCCUGUCAAAAUGCACAACUAGUCAGUUCUCUUGAAGGCUGUCGUCUGAUAAACAUCAAUAGUGAUGGAGUAUGUGUUUGCUGUGAAAUGCAGCAUCAGACAUCAGGCUGCAGCAACCCUGGAGAAACUUUGAAACUAAACCCUUUGCAAGAGUGCAGUGCUGUGAGACUGACACUUAAGGACCUGUUGUUCAGUGUGUGUGCUCUGAAUAUCAUCUCCACAAUCGUCUGUGCAUUGGCUACGGCAAUGUGCUGCAUGCAGAUGGUCUCUGCUGAUGUUCUACAACUGUUUCUACCACACAGAGGACACGCCACCAGUAUGGACUGUAUGAUGGCUCAUGGAACAAUUCUUCACCAGAUGUUGGAUUUUGAUGAGUUUAUUCCACCUAUCCCACCCCCUCCAUAUUACCCACCUGAAUAUACCUGCACACCUGUCAUGGAUGUACAAAGAGGACUUCAUCUGGACUUCCCACACUCUCCUUUCAGUACAUUAUAUGAGGUGUCUAUAAACAGUCCCGGGAUCCUCUAUCCAUCUGAGCUGCCACCGCCGUAUGAAGCCGUGGUUGGCCAAACUCCUGUAAGCCAGGGACCCAGUAUAGACCAGCAGGUAACAGAAUCCAGUCUUGGUGACAGAAAUACUACAGCCGGCUUCAGCACACAAGUGUCUGUGGAUAGCACUUCCAUUCUUGUAUCUGAAGUAGCCGAUAUUCCAGCCCAUAGCUGUUCCUCAGAAGACCUCUGUUCUCUGGAAGUUCAGAGCUCUUUACGUUCUGCAGACUUUUCUCCAUACAGUACCAUACGUACAGCAGCUACAGGAAGUAGCUGUGCUAGCUUGGAACAUAGUCUCCGCUGCGGCCUUCACCUCACCAAUUCACCGUGUUCACCUGAUGAUGAUGGAAGCAGAGCCUCCACAGAUAGGUCUCAGAGGCCGGAUUGUGACAGUUAUACACAGUCUAGAUCCUUGGACUCUUCCACUGAAAAUUUCAGCACACAAGAAAGAGAAUCUCAGCUUUCUGCAAAAGAAAGAAAAGUGUCACACAUACCUAUCAAAAUGUGCUGCGGUGUAUUUAGCCAACCACCUGGGCAAUCCCUGCCAUCACCUGGCACCCUACCUGUAAAUCCAGCACCUCACUCAGGACGCCUGGAAAAGGCUAUCCAGCAACAUCAUGCUAGGAAAUACCGGAUUGCCAGUAUAGUCCGGUCCACCAGUGACCCCAUUUCCUGCACAUCCAGCACAGAAGCCCCAUGUUCUUAUCCUUACAUGACUGCUUCUGCCUGCCAAGAAACAGGAAACCAUUUUUUAUUAGGAAAGCAGAAAGACACAAAAAGAGGGACUCAUCGAAUCAAGCCCAAAGCCCUGAAGAACCUCUCCAAAGAGAGACCAAAUUCACUGGUGGACCUAAAAACUUACAAGGACACAAAGAUUUUGGUGGCAAAGUUUCUGGAACAUUCAAAUUGUCACCUUUCUCCAGAAGUGCAGCAUGUUGUGAACAGUAUUAAAUCUGUCAUUAAGUCAGAUGAAAGGCACAUGGAGGAAGCCAUCUUUAGUGCCAACAUUAUAGACCAGGUGAUCACCAGCUCUCAACAGAAUAUCAGUAUGUCAAGAAAACGACUACAAGAAGACCUUCAUCUUCGGAGCUGUGGAGCUCUUAGCUCUCCAGUAGCAUUUCUGCACAGAAUUCAUCUAGCCCGCGAUAUGGAUCAGGGCAGACCACAUAGUCUAAUUGGUGUUUGCAGAGAAACCAUCCUUUGAUUAAUGGCUAACAGAUUGCAUGCAAAACUGUUACUUUUUAAUCCAGCUCUAUAAUCCGAACCAACUACAACAUGGCAUCUCCUUUCUGGACUUGAUCAUACAUGGGACGAGAGACUCCAAACUUGAAGAGGUCCCUGAAUGUAAUAAGUUCUGCAACAACAAUGCAAGCUUUAUUUUCACACAAAAAACGCCUUUUUUUUGGGGAAUAGAUGUCUGGGGUUUAUUCUAUUUUUAUUUGAAAAUAGAGAUUUGGAUAUUGCUGCCAUGUAGCUUCAUUUAUUGUAUACCAUACUCUGAACAAUGAUCACCUUGUAAACAAAGAGAACCAUUUUGUGAUGCUGCAAGCUUGCAGAUACCAUUAUCAAAUUGUAUCUUAUUUGUUCUGCCAAUGAAACGUAGCCUAAUUAAAAAAAAUAAAAAUCUUCAGAAGAAGGAA